AUGUUUACCCUCCGGCUUCCUUUGCUGCUCCUGCUCUUGUCCAUCUUCGCUCAGCCGAGCCGUGGCCUUCUCCUUGAAUACCCAAUGACAAUAAUGAAGGCACCCUACAUGGCGUCUGUUGGCAAAUGUGAUGCUGUUAUCGUCUCUCGAAGUCUCGUUUUAGCCUCGGCUUCCUGUAUCUGCAAGGACAAGCGACCUACCAACGUCCUUGUUGGCACUAGUUGGAAUAAUCUACGGCAAUACCCGAAAAAUGGUAUGUUGUUUCUUUGGACACGGACUAUUUAUCGGAAAUCAGAUAUUAUUGAAUACCAUAUGGUUUUUCUUAAACCGAUGGGAUAAUGUUCAGAGUGAAGCACCAAGCGGAGGUCGCUUCAUGCAAAACGCGGCUCAACCCAAGCUCUAGGUUAGAAGGGUAAUACCCGAAUGUAGAAAUUUCCAUUUUUUACAGCGACUGUCAUGAUAGGGUACGUAAAUGUCGGUGUCAUCAAUUAUUUUGAGAGAAAGCUCAACCACACAGGAGUACCAAGGCGUAUUUCAGCCCUCUUGCGGCCUAAAUGUAUCAUCUGAAGGGAUAAUUAAACAUAAAUCAAGAAUCGGCAGAAGAUUACUGCAUAUUCACGGAACUCAAAUAUACAUAAUUCACAAGACAGAAAGCGAAAUGAGACUGCACCAAGAUGCUGAAAUCAAGUGAUAUUUUAAUGCGACAUUUCCUCAAUACUCUCACAGAUUCGUAAUUGGGAAUACUAUGUUCAAUAGCUGGUAGUAAAAAAAAGUCAUUACAUACGUUUCGAGGACCUGCUUUCAAAAAUCGAGGUGAGCUUCCAAGUGGAUUUUAAGGGUCAAUAAUGGCAUUUUAUCCCUCCUACUAUAUCAUCAAUAAUCUAUAAGUAAUUCUGACUCUGCAAAACCUUUUGAUAUUAGAGCAAAGAUCGGUCCCUAUACAUGGUCAAAACGAUGUGACAAUGGCACUUUUGACAUAAAACCUCUAAGCACGUGUCAGGCAGAAAGUCAGACAAAGUGUUUUGCCACGUCGCAGAAUGAAACACUUCCUCAUGCCAAAGACGUUUUGGAUCAGAUAGCAUUCCUCCAUAUGGGAGAUCCCCUAAUGGUGACACUUUACUGUUUUAUUUUUCCGCAAUUCGCUAGUCAAAACUCAGGAGCUCUCUUGCAUAGUUUGUUGUACAGUGUAUGCUAACAUGAACAUUUGUCAAGGAGCAACGUGGAAUGCCUGAGUCCGAUAGGGACACCUGAUGAUUCGCUGGUUGAUGAAAGCCCCUUUUUCGAAACUCUUAAGGAACAGAAGGAGGGGACUUUAUCCUUUUCGUAUCCUUAUCGUAUCUGCGUAUUCUAUGGACAAACCAAGUGAUCCUGAUUCAUAUAAAUACUUUUCUCCACAAUAAAAUUAUGCUGACGGAAACAAUACCCUCAGCGAUUAUUGUAAAUUACUCUGUUUGUGAGAUUUGGCUUCUAAGUUCAAAAAGAGAGUGUCUAACAACCAGUUUAGCGCAAAACAUUUGUCUGCCAGUCUUUUCGAAAUAUCAGCACUGAGAGAUUUAUCCGACCCACCGCGGGCGGACACAAGAUAGGCAUUCGGUUUGUUUUUUUCUGACAACGCAUGAACCCACCACGAUCCGUCAUCCACAAUUUACUUUACUAAAAGUGGGAUUUAUGGAAACCAACUUCGAGCCAACUGGGCAAAACCCACUCCUUUUACUUGCCAGGACAUUUUGGAGGAGCGUAUACUCCUCCCCUUAAAUUUACGUAUUUCUGAAGGUCUUUACGCAAAGGUCGAGUUAGACUGCCCUUUUAAACACUGUCCGUCGUCAAACCAAACCAUUUGACGUGCGAUCUUAGCUCAUCCGUUCGGCAUAUGUUUUUUUUUCAAAAGCAGCAAAGACCUUGGACCUUGGACCGUUGUGUUCUGCCACGUAGCGUCGUAACCCCAAAUGCAAAAUGUCAAGAUCUCCACCCCUCCCCCCCCCAUCCAUGUUCGCUCACUUUGCUGUUUUGCUCUGUAGACUAAAUCAAGGUCUCGGUAGUUUUUUCCGAAUAAAUCAAUAGCAGUGAAGCAGCUUGAAAGCCUAAGGAAAACUUUUUAUAUUCAGUCAGAGCCAGCGCUUCCUCCCGAAUGACGACAGCCACUGCUAGCCUAAACAGGUGUCGGGAGGCCUGUGUUCAAGUUUGCCCUGCCAGAUGUGGCGAACCAUCAUUUGUCUCAUUUGGGAUGCAUUUGAUGGCGAAACAUUUAAAACAGCUGUGUGCCAAAACAAAUCGUUCAAAAUGCGAGUAAACUAACAGUGCGUGCGUGUGUGCGGUUAGGGAUGUGUGUGUGUGCUGCCCCCAAAAUGGGCCACGCGGUAGACUCGCAAGACCAACACGGAGCCCAGAUCAGUGCACGGCAAGCAUUAUUUGCGAUACACGCACACACAACAAAUACCACACAUGAGGCUGUGUGGUGGUGCGCCUAGGCGUAAUCUCACGCCGCGCCCGUUACCUGCGCCCGAUCUCACCUCCGGCCUUCUUGAUUAUGUCAUGACGCCAAACUCAAGAGGGGAGGGGGGAGAGAGUGCGGUACAUGCAGAGCAAGUCUGCCAUCACUGUAAACUUACUGACGUGCAAGUCACCGUCCCUGCACCCAUCCUACCGUGGAGCACACGGUGGACGUCAUCGGAAAGGGCGGUCGAACUGAAUGUGCCAAUCAUGCUGACGCUGCAGAAGUGAAUAUUCGGCAGUUCUUGGUAGGCGAGUUAGUGUGGGCGAGAACCCCCCCCCCCACGCAACAUCCAGCGCGAAGAAAAAAUCGCAGCGAAACUUGAAAUGCAGUGAAGGAGUCUGCGUCUUCACCUCUGGAACCAUAAUGUAGUUCGUCCCGCUAAAGUAAAGUUAUUCUCAGUCGAAUCAAGCAAAUCUACGCCACUUGUACUUCACAAGAGGAGGAGUUCUUCGUCCAGGCGAAGAGAGGUUCACGAUAAAGACGAGAGCUAGAGGGGCGCACGUACUCUGGAGCAACUGCCACCUCCUGAGAAUGGCCAGCUUUCCAUUCGAACGCCGCGGCUGCUUUUUGAUUUCUGCUGCCGAAUACUUGCUAAAAAUCUGCUUGCAAUGUACAGUAGAUGUUCUGUCUCAUAGAAUUUUAACCGAAACCCCAAAAUGUGUUUUCAGUUUGAAACGAUUGCUUAAGUAGUGCUGUCAGUCAGCAUAGCCCGUAAAUAUUUUAGACAUGCCAGGAUACCGGCUUUUGAACAAGAUUCUUUUUUGCCGUUUGCAAAAACUACACUACUUAUGUAGUAUGAAUUUUCCCCAUUAUUUUUCGAUUCUCUUCUAAGUUUAGAUGUAGUAUGAGGAAAACCCGAAUAAGAACGUUCUCUCUUGUACUCAUUUGAUGGAACAAUACGACUUCUUCAAAGAUGAUGCUUAACGAAAGAGUAUCUUUCGGUUUUUAAAAACAUUUUCAAUUUCCGAUUAAUUUUUUGUCCCACCUAUCGCUGCACUUGCAUUCAGGGUUUCCGAAUCUCAUGCAGCACACAUUCCACCAAAAAAUAUUACAUACUUUUUUGGUCGUCGUCAUCUUAGACUCAUAAAGUUUUGCGAUGGAUGUGGUCAGGGUUUUAUAAUUUAUAAGUAGCAUUUGCAGGUACCCUGAUGCGAUGCUAUUUGAAUGGGCAUUUCACGCUCUCUAAAAUUUCAUAAUUAGGAUCUUCUCUUAACCGAAAGAUGUUUUCUCAUCAAAUAGAAAUUUUUGAGAAGACACAAUUCAUUCAAAAGACGACACCCUGGCGUGACUGAAAUGCUCAAGAUUAUGCUGCACGAUAGUCAAUACUACAGCCAUAUUUAAGCAUUUUUUCUAAUCGAAAACAUAUUCCGGAAUUUUGGCUAACAUUUCAUGAGAUAACACAUCCACUGGAACUUCCCCUAUGAAUUUUAUUCUCACAGAUGUGACAAGUCCCGCUUCGCCAUACUAUAUUUCCCAGUCGGUCUUUUACCGUGGGAAUUUGUAAACUGCUGGAAGAUCUGGAAAUAAAAGCGUAUAAGAGUAAAAUCAACACCGGUAUGUAUGACCCAAAUCUACCCACUAAUAUUGUGAAUGUCGACUACAGAGCGAAUUUAUUUGGACACAUUUAAAGCCCGGUGGCGCUAAAAGUUGUCAGUGAGUUUGAGCGCAGGUUGUGCAUUUUACGAAAAAUUAGCACUACAAGGCAUAUUUAAAGACAACAGUGACGUUUUUGAACAAUCAGGGCCAACUACUUUUCAGCGCUUUUGCGCUAGGAAUGUUGUAAGCUCGCGUCCGCAAAAUCAAUCAGGUGAGGGUGGCAAUAAUGCAAACAGAAACGUUUUCCUAAGCAAGGUGAGUAAGGUGUGUCCCUGGUUAGAGUUUAAUCUGGAAACAAAGCCACAGUUUGCGCAUUAAUUCCCUCAGAAAUUCAACAAGGCAAGAUGACUUUCCUCCCACAUACCAUCGUGGAAAGCGUCUGCUUUUAAACUAAAAUUUCAUGUCUUGAUAAGCUGUUAUUCGGAUCGGAACAAGGCUCUUUUCAGCAAUCCUCUCAACAGAUGAACUCCUCUAAGCUUGGAUCGUGGUUUACAUUCACAAAAAGAGAUGUAUCAAAUAAUAGCUCGUCCACAACGAGCACUGGGAACCACCACUUCCCCGCAGAAGCCGCAGUGGUUUUUUUCUAGGGAAGCAGAUCUGUGCUUCAUAUAUCCUACGAUGAGACAAGGUCCGCGCAAGCGGAGAUGGGUGUGAGCGCUGCAAAUUUGGGGCCCUUCCACAUCAUUGUUGAGGGAGUGUGUGUGUGUAUAUUCAGCGGUUACUUUGGGAAAGUUGGACUGACGCGGGCUGCUUAAUUUAGCCCGAAAUAUAGGUAACUUUUCGACAAAUGGGGCGUUUCCCUCUUUUGCGAUUUUGUUUCAAAUAUGGUGACGCAACAGGUCGGUCGUUGCAUUGGCUGGGACGUCACGAAUUCCAGCCCUUUAAUUCUAAAACGUGCAAAGUCGCAGCAUUUAUUUAAAAAUGGCAUUGUACCAUUCUACCGCUAAAACGUCACCAAUUUACCCGUUUUCAGGCGAUGCAAGACAGCUACUGUUAACUAAUCAGUCAGUCUGUCUGUAUUUGAUGCGGCUUUUAAAGUGAUUUGUAAGGUGAUAAUAUUUAAUACUUAACGCAUACAGUAGCCGACCUAUUUCACGAAAUGUAAGCUGAAAUUCUGAGGUGUGUUUUUGAUUAGGAAGGAUCGCUUAGGUGGGGUUGUAAGAAUUAUUAACACACACCAUUAUCUCAAACUAUUUCGAUGAUACCAGAAUGUCGACUUUUUAAUGAUCCCUUUCCGUCCGCUUGGAAAACCACACUAUGCAAAAAGAAUUGUCUAAGUAGUACGAAUUUCUCCACCGAUUUUCGCCGAUUCCUGGAAAUUUAAAUUUUGCAAAAACAUGGUCAAGGGUACGGUUUAUGGGCGGGGUUACUUUCUUCGAGAAGCAUUUGUGCUAAGCAAAAGGACUGAACACCUAAGAACUUUGUGACAUCACAAAUUUCGAUCCUCUAUAUGGUCACCAAUUAAAAGGCGACACCUUUUUUAUCCUUUAGUGCUAAAAAAUAAAUGGAAUAAAUACUCUUUUGCAAGCAUUGUCAAAAAAGUGUUGCCUUGUCGUAUUUCAACAUCCUUAUGCAAUAGUAUUUUUAUUUCUUCCUCGCGCACGUACAAAUAAAUAUCGCCAGUUAUUUUCUGUUAGCGCAAUUCACCCCGGAAUAGGUAACCCCAACCACAAACCAUACCCCUGCAAAAACAUCUAUUGAAUACUAUUUCUUGCAUUCAUUUGGCAACAAAUUGCGUCCUUAAUUAUGAUACUUGGAGGAAGGGUAUCGUUCGUUUUUGAAAACUUUCUAUGCCCCGAUGAGUCCAGACCUGUGUUUGGACUUUCUUUCGGGGUUUCCAAACUACAUGCUGUAUACUUUCUGCGAAACGAAGAUCAUAUUUUUGUAUUUGCUAUUAUAAAGAGGUCAUGGGCAGCUCAUAAAGUUUUGUAAUGUAUAUGGUUAAUGUCGUACACUUCAUGAGCUGUAUUGAUAAGCGAGCAGACACGACGCUGUACGAAUACCUAUUUUUUGGUCUUAAGGCGCGUUACGAUUGUAAUGUUUGUAAAAGUCUGGAUAUAUUCUUUCUUCAAUUGUGAAAUUCAAAGAAAUAGUCAUCUUGCUGCAGAUGGUCGAAAAUAAAACUCAUUCAAGUGCCAGCGUCUUGACGUGAAUGAAAUUUCUUCGGAUUAUGCUGCAUGAUAAUCAUUAACACAGCAUUACCUAGGUAAUCCUUUCUAAUCGAAGACGCACUUUAAGACUCCGGCUAGCAUUUCAUGAGAUGGGUCAGUUAUUGCAACUUCUGCAAGACCUUAAAAUAUGUGACCCUGUGGCGAAUAAGCAAUUAAAAAUCGAAAACUGCACUAGUAUUGGUUUAAAAACAACAAAUAGCCUGUCUUUAUUUGGAUCUUUUCACACUAUCCCCCCAUGGAAAACGCAAAAUGAUUUUUUUUAUAGACUACUGGCCUACAUUUUGGCAGACCUACUUGGAGAUGACAUUCGGCUGUUUCAUUUUGCGCAUUACUUGAUGAAAAGUCCAACCAUUCAAGGCUAAAAUCAGACUGAAUUACAGUUCUGAAAAUCAAGGGUAGCAGCGCUUGUCUACGGCCUGGUACCUCAACAUAAACUUUCAAGUUCAGUCACGACUGCACGGGGAGAACGUUUGACAGCCCUAUUCCAGUUGUAUUCUCUGAAGAAAUGAUCCCCUCUCAGAGGCACGACAUUCGUGAGGCAGACUAAGGUUUCCUUCACUAGUACGAAAUUUCAAGGACCUACAGUAGAUCUGCUAACUCAUGAAAUGUCAACCAAAAUUUCGAAAUGCGUUUUCGUUUCGAAAAGAUAAAUUAAGUAGUGUUAUAAAACUAAUCAUGAUGCAGCAUAAAUCUAUAAUGAUCCAGUUACCUCAGGGUGUCUGCUUUCGAAAGAACUUAUUUUCGGCUGCAUGCAAGAUCUAUACUCUGCAAAAAAUGACUAGUUAGGUAGCGUGCAAUUUUCUCAUUGAUUUUCGAUGCCCUUGAUUUUGUACCGAUUAAGUAAACGAAUUAAUAUUUUUAUCCAUGGUUUCCAUGAAAUAUAAUUGAAUUUUCAAGGUCAUCGAAAAUCAAUGAGAAAAUUGCAUGCUACUUAAGUAGUCAUUUUUUUGCAGAGUAUGGAUCUUGCAUGCAGCCGAAAAUAAGUUCAUUCGAAAGCAGACACCCUGGGUUAACUGGAUCAUUAUAGAUUUAUGCUGCAUCAGGAAUAGUUUUACAACAUUACUUAAUUAAUCUUUUUGAAACGAGGACACAUUUCGAAAUUUUGGUUGACAUUUCAUGAGUUAGCACAUCUACUGUAGUUUAUUUUUCACACCUGUUCUUAUUAUAACUUGCCUGUCGCCUGCAGGUCAUCGGGUGCAGGAGGUCAUUUCUGAAAAGAAUAAUGGCUACUGCGCGCAGGGCAUCCGAUCUGAUUUUCUGCUCCUACGCAUCACACCGCCGAUCACCUACUCGCACACCGCCCGCGCCAUCGGUCUGCACUGUUCCUCCAGGGUACCCGAACAGAUGGCCGCCCUGGGAUUCCACCUGCCUGGCCGCAACUACGGCUUCAUCAGCGAGGCGGUUGUAAAUGUCAAACGUGGGGAACACCGCUACCUAAUAGCUCUGAACAACGACAUCCCCUCCAACUCUGUGGGUCCUCUAGUGAGUCGCGAGCCUCGUCCUCGCCUAUUCGGAAUGUACUCGCAUCGUUAUGGCACACGGUCCUACUUCAAGUCCCUCGACAGUACCAGUUGCAACUGGAUAAACCGUCACAUCAGGGCGGAGGAGUUUAGGCGGAUAUACUAA